UUCACACCCUCAAAUUUGAUUGGUCCCCCUCAGCAGCAUUGGGGCCACCCCCUUUAUAAUCCGGCAGAUGAUGUGUCUCUUUUCAGUUUCCUGGAGUGUGGUCCCAGACCCCAGACAGGCCUCCUGAGGUACAGCGCUGAGAAAAUGAGGGUCACCGACGGACUCGUUACGUGCGUGACAGCGCUCCUGCUGGCCAGGUUCUGUACUGCAGGGCCACAAGUAUUAUCUGUCACCACUGUAAAGGAAGAUCCCUAUGCCAUGACCACGGGCUCCCAGCUGGAGGGCUUCUGCAUUGACCUGCUGUCUGCACUGGCCAAGAAACUGGACUUCAAGUACAACUUGCACCUGGUGAAGGAUGGCAAAUACGGCAGUUUACAAGAGAGCGGGAACUGGAAUGGCAUGAUCGGGGAGGUGAUGAGAGGGGAGGCGGACCUGGCGGUGGCUCCGCUCACCGUCACGGCGAUGCGGGAGCGGGUCGUGGACAUGACCACGCCCUUCAUGCAGACGGGCAUCAGCUUCAUCCUGCGCAAGGACAGGGCGCCCGAGGAGCCCGGCUACUUCAGCUUCCUGUGCCCCUUCGCCACGGAGACGUGGGUGGGGAUCCUCGCCGCGUACCUGGUGACGGCCGUCUGCAUGUGCAUCGCCACGCGAUUAAGCCCCUGUGAGUGGGCCCAACCCCAGACAGAAGACAACAGCUUCACACUCCUACACAGCCUCUGGUACACUGCUGCAGCCCUCACUCUACAAGGUGCUGGCCCUCAUCCCAAAGCCCUGUCAGGACGUGUGAUCAGCGCCAUCUGGUGGCUCUUUACAGUAGUGGUCCUGGCAUGUUACUUUGCCAACCUCACCUCCAUGCUACGCUCAGACACCAAGCACGUCGCCAUAGAGAAUUUUGAGGACCUGGCCAAUCAGGACGUCAUUGACUACGGAUCGCGGGGCAGCAGCUCCACGUUUUCGUUCUUCAAGAACUCCAACAACCAGGUUUACCACCGGAUCUACGAGAACAUGGAGCGGAAGAAGAGCUACGUGGGGUCGAUGGAGGAGGGGAUCCGCCGGGCUCAGGAGGGGAACUUCGCCUUCAUCGGGGAGUCCGCGUCCCUGGACCUGUUGGAGGCGCGCUACUGCAACCUCGCCCGGAGCCCGGACGUCGCCGGCAUGAGAUGGUACGGCAUCGCGGCUCCCACAGGCUCUCCUUUGGUGAAGAACCUGAGUAUAGCUAUCCUGGAGAUGAGUGAGUCUGGGAGACUGGACUUUCUGCGCCGUAAGUGGUGGGCCAGCAGCUGUGUGGGAGAGGGGGGGAAGGACUCCGCGCUGAAGCCCCACAGUCUGAAGGGGAUGUUCCUGGUGCUCGCCCUGGGACUGGGCCUGGGGCUGCUGCUAGCUCUGCUGGAGCUGGCCUGCAAGUCCAACAGCAGUGCCAAGGACCAGAAGAAAUCCUGCUGCACCGUGUUGUCCAAUGAACUCGGCCAGCGUCUGGGGAACCGGAGCGAGGAGAAAAUGGCGGAGAGCUCGGAGAAGAGCAAAGCCUAACGAAUGCUUCUCUGUACAGCCUUUAUUUCCACACCCAUAACAGCCAGAGUCUGAAAGAGGAAUCAAUUAAUCCCAACGG